GGGGCCGCGGGGCGGACCCGGCCCGUACGUCGGUGUAGCCGGGCCCCAGGUCCUGGUUUUGCUGGAGCCCGGCACCGCCGGUCCGCGCCUGUGACGCCCCUGGCGGCGGGGAAGGGAGUUGUCGCUGCUGAACUUCGCUGGGUUUCCCCGCGGGUGUUUCCUGCAGAGCUGCCGGCCCGUCCCCUCCCCUCCAGGACGAUGGCUCCUUGGGCCAGGCUUGCCUUGGUCUCCUGCUGGAUCCUGUCUCUCUGCUCUGCCACCUUGGCUGGGGUUCACCAUCUCUCCCACCUCCAGCUCAUCUCCCCCUGGGCGGCCCCUGGUCUGCCCAAGCGGCUGUAUGUGGUGAGGAUGAAUGACCUGGUGCUCUCAACCUAUGACAGCAACACCCGCAGGCUGGCUCCCCGCAGUGGCUACACCCCGGCCAACCAGGAGUUCUGGAGUGCAGGCAAUGCUGCAUGCAUGGUCUGGGACUCCUGGGUAGAGAUCAAGUACCAGGCCCUGGUGCAGGAGGUGAACACCAGUUCCCCACAGGCAGAACCCUACCACAUGCAGGUCCUGAAGACUUGUGAGCUGGACGAUGCCACCGGUGCUGUCCGAGCCGUCACGAGAUAUUCCCUCAACGGGGAGGACGUGCUGCGGUACCAGUCCGACCACAACCGCUGGUUCUCGGAGCACCCGGCAGGCUGGCGAGUGGCGGAGUGCUGGAACCGUGAAGGGGAGACUUUCACUGUGUGGAACCUCAUCCAGCCCCCGGAUUGCAGGUUCUUUAUCGAAUCCGCUCUGCCUUUCAUCGCUCAGAAGACAGCCCAGCCCACAGUGCGUGUGGCCCUUGUCCCAGGGACCCAGGACCGGCCACGCCGCCUCGUCUGCCACGUGACGGGGUUCUAUCCCCGCAACAUCGAGGUGAUCUGGGAGCGGGGGGGCCAGGUGGUCCAUGGGGAGCAGCUGACCAGUGGCAUCCUGCCCAACGGGGACCUAACCUUCCAGAUCCAGGUGUCCAUCGAGCUGGGGCAGGAGGGGGUUGGCCCUGCAGAACAUGUGUGUGUGGUGAGACACAGCAGCCUGGGGCGCGACCCGCUAAGGGUGACCUGGGAUCCCCAGGUCACAGGGCAGGCUGGUGUGCCGGCGAUCAUUGCUGGGUGCAUCCUCGCUGCCUUGGGAGUCGUGGCCCUGGGCUGGUACCUGAUGAGGAGGCCAGGGGCCCAGAAGGGGCCAUAUCGCCCGGCACAGACACAGCCAGGGACUCUCGACUCUGCUCCAGCCACAGCUAAGCCAGCAGGAAACUCCUUGUUCACAGCAUCUUCUUGCCCAGAUGCCACCGAGUGACCAGACUCAGAGCCGACUGUGCCAGGGCCAUCGGAUUUGACUGGAGCUACAUGGAGCAUCCCUGGUGAAGGGGAUGUGCUGGGGGAUCACAUAUCGCUCAUUUAAUGGAUCAAGUACUUCUACUGCUCGCUUCUGUUCAAAUGCUUAGUCAUGUUCCCACAGCAUAUCUCUGUCAGCUUGCUUCCUGAGCGACACACCAGUUCCAGCCAUCUUGGCUCCCCUGCCGGUUCCACCAAGCUGCCUUCAGUUUCACUGCUACUCCACCUUGGCAGGCUCAUGCAUUUUAAAAGUUUCCUUCUUUAUCCACCAUAAAACCUUUGAGUAAUUUGUAACCAUUUUUGACCAAACCCCACUGACUGCAUGUGACGAUGUGACGCAGCAGAGAGGGGGGAGUGUUGACCUGGGAAUGUGCCCUGGUGAUGGGAGACCUGAGAGCCUGUCACCUGAGCCAGGAGGGGGAGGGGAGGGGGAGGUAACACCUCUGCCCAGGAAUGUGAACAGAGGCUGCAGAAGAGAGCCUGCUGGGGGGGAGUUAGUUUCGGUUGGUGCUGGGUGGAGGAACGCAGGGAACCCCAGGACUGGGGUCUAAGCUCCCUGCUCCCCCAGAAGGACUUGACUGAGGGGUCCUGGUUGUACCCACAACCUCUGUUUUGGACUGUGUUCCUGUUGUCCAAUAAACCUUCUGUUUUA